GUGUGCGUUUUCCUUUCAUUGAUGGGGCUGGGAGGAGUCUGUUGCGGAAGUGAAAGAGGCGUUUCUCAAAGUUUCUAAGAGGUUCAUUCUGCGUGUAUGUUUUCGGAUACAUUGUUGCACGCGAUCCACAAAGUAAGAAGUUAUAACGUUCUUCCGUGACCAGUGAUAGUUUCGCAAUCUGUUAUUAUGUCAGAAUCGAUCAAGAAUGUUGCAAUAUUUGGGGCAACCGGAAUGACCGGACUGGUGACAUUACCACUGGCUGUUGCAGCGGGUUACAAUGUGACAGUGCUAGUGAGAGACCCAGCCAGGCUGCCUGCAGAACACAAAGCCUGCAGGGUGGUGGUGGGAGAUGUCCUCAAUAAGGAGGAUGUGAAGAAGACCAUGGAGGGUCAGGAUGCUGUUAUCAUCAUUUUGGGCACCAGGAGUGACCUCGGUCCCACAACAAUGAUGUCAGAAGGAACCAGAAACAUCUUAGACGCCAUGAAAGCUCGGGGGAUCCGCAAAGUAGUUGGCUGCAUGUCAGCCUUCCUCCUAUGGGACCGGUCUAAAGUGCCACCCAGGCUGCUGUCGGUCACAGAGGACCAUGAUAGGAUGUACAUGGUGUUGAAGGAGUCAGGGCUGGAAUUCGUGGCUGUCAUGCCCCCUCACAUCGACGAUAAUCUCCCUUUGACUAAGAAGUACACAGUGACAGAGAACAUGCUGAAAGGGCGGGUCAUUUCCAAAUAUGACCUGGGACACUUCUUCGUCAAGUGCUUGUCCAUCUCUGACUGGGACAGGAAGACCGUUGGGGUUUGCGGGGAAUACAGUUAACCCGAACAAGACAGAGCCCUCCUUUUACCGUUUCCAUAAACCACUUACCACAGCUGGCCUAUCAGACACCGCAACUUAGAUCUUAUUUCUACAGGCCAAUCUUUCUUGCUUGAAAGAAAUGACAGCUUUGGCUUUUGCUAAUGUUUUGUAACUAUUUUGUUUAUCUUGGAUAUUAUAAUGUAUGAAAAAUGUAAUAUGUUAAUAAUCUUUAUAGUUGUGUGUGGGUCUCAUACUUUGUGCAGACUUUUUAAUUAACUACAUAGCCAAUAUCGUUCAAAUAUCUAUUUUACUUUUAUUUUGUUUAUGUUUUAACCCAACAGCAAUUGAAUGUUGACUGAGUAUGUAUGAGUGCAAAGUGAGUAAUCAAUUAGGCCUAUGUGCUAUUUGUAGCCUAGGUCCUACUUGUAGCCUGAUCUUGUGCUGUCUCAGAAUUUUAUAGCUAGCUUUUGAAAUAAAGAGUUUUUUAAUACAA